ACUUCACUGCACCAGAUGAGCUCAGGGGGAGUGAAAGGAGCAGCACUUCAGCAGCAUUUUGUGUGUAAGAACAGCUGCAGCAUCAUGGCUGCCUUCCUCCACCACUGCCCCUUCUUGAAGACGGCUCCCAAACCAGCUUUGAGGAGAACUGGAGCCGCCCUACUGUCCAUGGCCGAUCAGUGUCCCAUCAUCGCCCGUCAGAUCACGGUGGGCAGCUCAUCCUCUCUGGAGACCAAACUCGGUGUGUCACCCACCAAACUGAAGAGUCAGCGUCUGAACACAGUGGAUCAGAGGAUGAUGUAUGCUCAGACAGCCACCCAGGUGGCAGUGUUUGCAUCAAAGAGCUGCCCUUUUGUCACCUCUGAACUCGGUCUGGUCCAAGCCAGUCCUGAGGUUCAGGAGGAUGUUCAAAAAGGUCUGAUGACUUCUCUAUUUAAAGGUUUAAAAGUCUCAGGCCUCCCAACAUUACCUCAAUCAAAAACUGUCACCCACUUCCUUAAAGACAACAUGGUUGGGCCCAGCUACAAUUACGACAGCUUCUUUGUUGACAAGAUAGCUGAAAAAAAGAACGACCACACGUACCGAGUCUUCAAGACGGUCAACAGGAACGCUGAGGUUUUCCCUUUUGCUGAGAAUUUCUCCAUCACUGGAGAAGAGGGCUCCCAGGUGUCCGUCUGGUGCAGCAACGACUACCUGGGAAUGAGUCGACACCCACGAGUAAUUGGUGCUAUAAGAGAGGCUCUGGACAGACACGGUGCUGGAGCAGGUGGGACCAGGAACAUCUCAGGCACUAGUAACUACCAUGUGUCCCUGGAGAAGGAGCUGGCCCAGCUGCACCAGAAAGACGCAGCUCUGGUCUUCUCCUCCUGCUUUGUGGCGAACGACUCCACUCUCUUCACAUUGGCUAAAAUGUUGCCUGGAUGUGAGAUCUACUCAGACGCAGGAAACCACGCAUCCAUGAUUCAGGGCAUCAGGAACAGUGGAGCCAAACGCUUCAUCUUUCGCCACAAUGACAGUCGACACCUGGAGGAGCUGCUGCAGCGCUCGGACCCCUUGACGCCCAAAAUAGUGGCGUUUGAAACUGUGCACUCAAUGGAUGGUGCCAUAUGUCCACUUGAGGAGUUGUGUGAUGUGGCUCACCGUUAUGGAGCGCUGACAUUUGUGGAUGAAGUUCACGCUGUGGGCCUGUACGGUCUCCACGGAGCUGGAGUGGGAGAGAGGGACAACGUAAUGCACAAGAUUGACAUCGUGUCUGGGACCUUGGGAAAAGCGUUUGGCUGUGUAGGAGGCUACAUCGCCAGUAGCAACCCCCUAGUGGACACAGUGCGCUCCUACGCCGCAGGGUUCAUCUUCACCACUGCUCUCCCACCCAUGGUCCUGGCCGGAGCUCUGGAGUCUGUGCGGGUCCUAAAGAGCCCCGAGGGUCAGGCCCUCCGCAGGGCCCAUCAGAGGAACGUGAAACACAUGAGGCAACUGCUCAUGGACAACGGGCUGCCCGUGGUUAACUGCCCCAGCCACAUCAUCCCCAUACGGGUGGGCAAUGCUGAACUGAACACCAGGGUGUGUGACAUCAUGAUGGAGAGACACAACAUCUACGUGCAGGCCAUCAACUACCCCACUGUUCCUCGUGGUGAGGAGCUGCUGCGUCUGGCUCCUUCUCCUCAUCACAAUCCUGCCAUGAUGGAGUACUUUGUGGACGCGCUGGUCAAGGUUUGGCGAGAAGUCGGACUCCGACUCAACAGCCCUGCCACAGCUUCCUGCACCUUCUGCGAUCGCCCGCUGCAUUUUGACCUUAUGAGUGAAUGGGAGAAAUCCUACUUUGGAAACAUGGAACCACAAUACAUUACUGUGUCCGCGUAACACAGUACAUAUCAUUUCAUCUACACAGACAAAACAAAUAAAGAAUAUGUGUGGAUUUGGUGCAACAGAUGAUGAAUGUUAUUUUAAGAAACGCAUCCAUGUGUUUUCCCCUGUACUUGUGUUGACAAAACCAUGCUGAUAUUAUUGAAUAAACUUUCUGGCAACUCUACUUUAAAAACAAACCUGCACAUCAAGCACUUUCUUUAACCAUCUAAUUGGGUGAGUGUGAUUGUGUUUGAAUUAAAUCUUAUUAAACUUUA